UGUCAACGUUGUCGUAUCCCUAUCCCAUCCGUGAAUGGACGAGAUAUUUCUAUCAUUCAUUUCAAUUUUGUUCUAAAUUGUAACAAAGUCGAGUGGUCGCUUUAGUUAAUUAUAGCAUUACGUGGUACUUAACAGAAAUUUGUUCAAAAUGUAUAAAUUAAGUGUGUUUCAUUUAGCAUUGUUGGCGGCUAUACUGCAAAUAAGCCUCGCGCUCAAAGAAGGCGAAUGCGAGGUUUGUGUUGCUACAUUAGACAAAUUCGCGGCCACGUUAUCAGAUAGUGUGAAAAAAGACCCGAAACUGAUCGAAGCUGAGUUCAAGAAGUUCUGCAAAGGCUCUAAGAACAAGGAGAAUAGGUUCUGUUACUACUUGGGCGGUCUAGAGGAGUCAGCGACCGGCAUUCUGGGUGAGAUGUCGAAGCCGCUGAGCUGGUCGAUGCCUUCGGACAAGAUCUGCGAGAAGCUGAAGAAGAAGGACGCUCAAAUCUGUGACUUAAGGUUCGAAAAGCAGAUUGACCUGAAUAACGUAGACUUGAAGAAACUAAAAGUGCGCGACCUCAAGAAGAUCCUGAACGACUGGGAUGAAAACUGUGAAGGUUGCAUCGAGAAGACAGACUUCAUUAAGAGAAUAGAAGAGCUCAAGCCCAAGUACAUGGGCAGAUCUGACUUGUAAUAGACAAAUUUUUAGAAUAAUUUGAUGAUGGGACAUUAAAUGUGAUAACCCCACAAGACAAGUGCAGUGCCAGUGAUGGCAGUGAAGAGCCUAUUGCAUUUGAAGAGUCAGCGAGUCUGUGAAUGUAUGCAUGAUGUAUGUACAUUAAUAAUAAAUUAUUCUAUGGUUAAGUAAAUAUUUUUUUCCAAUG